AUGUGGUCCUCCGAUGCUCGAAUCGCACCUGGCCACCUCGUCAUAGUAUGGCUGACGAGGGACAUGGUCCAGUCUUUUAUCGUCACCCCAGGCAAAGAGUUCAACAGCAAGUACGGCAACUACCGACACUCGGAUCUCCUUGGUCUUCCCUAUGGCUCCAAGGUGGCCUCUCGCACGGGAAAGGGCUUCAUACACGUCCUCCGCCCCACUCCUGAGCUCUGGACGCUCGCUCUCCCGCACCGAACACAGAUCCUCUACAUCGCUGACAUCGCCUUCAUCACCUCAUGGCUAAACAUCCGCCCAGGCAGCGUCGUCAUUGAAGCUGGCACCGGCUCAGGCUCGUUCUCGCAUUCAGUCGCGAGGACCGUCGGUUCCACUGGGAAAUUAUGGUCCUACGAGUUCCAUGAGGCCAGAGCGAACAAGGCAAGGGAUGAAUUCACUCGGCACGGCAUGUCGGACGUGGUCACCCUUACCCACAGAAAUGUCUGCAAGGACGGCUUCACCGUGGAAGAUACUGCCGACUCGGUCUUCUUAGACCUUCCCGCACCAUGGGAAGCAGUCGAACAUGCGAAAAGGGCAUUACGCAGAGACUGCAUCACACGAAUCUGCUGCUUCAGCCCGUGUAUAGAGCAGGUGUUGCGCACCGUCAGCGCGCUGAACGAUGCCGGCUUCACAGACAUCACGAUGUACGAGACGCUCCUCAGACCCCACGAGGUCAGCGAGGUGCCGACGCUCCUUCCUAUCGGCGCGGUCAGCAAGAAGCUGCAGCAGUCCGAGCGAAAACGGGAAGAGAAGCGGUUGCGCCAGAUAUCCAAUGCACGUGCACGGCAUGCGGAGAAAAGGAAGAGGGAGCAGGAUGGGGGCCCAGAGGACAACGAUGCGACAGGCUCUAAGAGGGUAAAGACUGAAGACGAGACUCGGGGCGACGCCCAGGGCUCCUCCGGUCCAUCAGCGCAGGACCCUGCAUCUCCUGUCGACCCAAAAGCCCUCACCAGUGAAGUACCGACGCCUCCCCCGGCCACGACACAAAUCGUGUCCAAGGUCAUACAAGAAGUUCGCGGACACACGUCUUACCUCACUUUCGCAUGCCUGCUACCUGCCGUGGCCACCCAAAGCCCCACCUGCCCAGUGGAGAAACACGAAAGUGCGCCAUCCCCACGAACCCCGGCGUCUCAGACAUCCGAUGUCACGGCAGGGCCGUCUAUAGAUGAAACGUAGAGGUCCCCUCUACCCCGAUCCUCCCUCAUCUCGGAUGACAUCCGUUCGCUGACGCGACGAUGCUCUCGCGUCUCAGGAUACACACGGAUAGCCUUACAUACACACGAAAAACGAGAGUCGAUGUAGGCAGUCUCAUUACGACGAAAAAUGUAAAAGUCGCUGCGAAUAAAAAGAUGUUCAGUCUUCGAUCGCGCGUCUAUAAGCCUCAUCCUGCUCCCGCUCCUGUUGGAGCUGAGCGACCGACUUGCCCCGACGACUACGCAGAACCCGCUCGGAAGCAGGGGUAGGCGCCGGCGCCGGCGCUGACGCUCUCCCCCUCGUGCGCUUUGUUGGCGGAGGCUGGUUCGGCCCAUCUGCGACAUCGGACUCGGCGCUCGUGCUACCGGCCCUGACCCUCUUCUUGCCUUUCACCGGUGGCCCCCUCACUCUCGACGGUGUGCUCUUCCCAGAGCUCGAGGCGUGAUUUGCACCCCUGCCACGAGGCGUCGCUUUCGUGCCCGCGGUGGCAGGCGAAGGCCGAUAAGCUUCAGCUUCCGCGACCGCAGGCUGAUCCCGAGCGACCAUCGCCGUCGAUGACGCGCGCGAACCCACCGCACUCUGAUGCACCGAAUCCAAAGCCGCGAGCUCCGCCAUGGACUUGGGCGCGCCACCUCUCACGGGCUGUGGCGGGAUAGACACGGAUGACAUAUCGCUAUCGCUGUCGUCGACGGUCUCCAUUACGAGCGAUGGCGACCCGCGAUCUCCCAACGAAGCUGACGGCGCGGUGCUGGGACCAGGCUGAGGAUCGGCAUGUGCCGCCGCCGCCGCAUCCGGUGCAGAGUCGAGGAUCGGGUGCUGGAAC